GGUUGCAUGCUAAAAAUUGAAGAAGUGCAAACAUUGCCAGAUGGAAGGUCAAUCAUCAGAAGCGUGGGGGGUGGGGGGAAGUGAUUCAAAGUGUUGAUUCGGGGAAUGCGUGAAGGGUACAACACAGCCAAUGUCAGGUUUAUUGAAGAUGACACUGUACAAGAGGAUGACAUUAAUCAACUGAACACAUUACAUCAGUCGGUAUACAGUGAAGCUUCAUCAUGGUUCAAUGCCCUUAGGUCCGUCUUUCGUUCACGGAUCUCUAAACACUACGGAGGAAUGCCAGCAUUACCGGAAAACCCGCUAGAAUCACCUGAUGGCCCCGGAUGGACUUGGUGGUUGCUAGCCGUCCUUCCUGUAGCCCCAAGAGCACAACUAGAAUGCAUGUCAAUGACAAGCCUUAGGGAACGUCUGUUGUUCCCACGAAGAUGCCUGCGAGCAGCGUCAGAGUCGUAGAUCUGUAAAUUUGUAAAAUAUUAUCUAAUAAUGUCCAUACGGGUUUAAGCGUCUACAGUAUUUAAACUAUCAGCAGUAUUUCAAAAUAUGUGGAACAUUGCCCAAAUAAAAAAUUGAUAGGUAC